AUGAAGGCCUUUCGCAAUCGCUGCGAGGCCACUUGUCCGGUGGGCUACAUGGAGAAUGUCAAGGACCGCCACCGGUGUGACCACUGCGGUGUGGAGUGUCCAAAGGUGUGUCAAAGCUCGGUGGUGUCGAAUAUUCAGUCGGCGCAGGAGUUGAAGGGCUGCACCAUCAUCAAUGGCAGUCUGGAGAUUUACAUUAGCAGUGGCGGGGCGCAAAUCGUCAAAGAGCUGGAGGAGAACCUGAAGGACCUCUCUGAGAUUACGGACUUUCUCAAGAUUGCCCGCUCCUAUCCGCUGAUUACGCUGAACUUUCUGCGCAACCUCAAGGUGAUUCAGGGCAACAAACUGGAGCGGCAGUCCUUUUCGCUGCUCGUCCUCGACAACCCCAACCUGCAGGACCUGUGGAUCUUCGACAAUGUCACCAACGGCGAGGGCAAGUCGGAGCAGGCGAAACGGCUGCGCAUUCCCAACGGCCGACCCUUCUUUCACAUCAACCCGAAGCUGUGCGUGAACAAGAUUGAGAAGAUGCGCGAGUACAUUGACUUUGGCUCACCGGGGAAGUGGAACGAAAAUGAGGUGUCGCCCAACACCAACGGCGACAAGGUGCCCUGCGCCGUGGACCGCCUCGGACUGUCGCUGUGGGGCGUUGGCUCGGAGGUGGUCGGCCUGUCCUUUGAGGACUACAAGCCCAAGAUGGACGACAGUCGGACGCUGCUGGGCUACCUCAUCUACUACCGGGAAAGCGAACACCGCAACGUCUCCAUCUUCGACGGCCGCGACGCCUGCUCCGACAACGAGUGGACCGUCGUCGAGUAUGACAUUGACACUGAUGACGGCAAGGCGACCACCGACAAGAUGAUCAACGCCAACUUGAACGGCCCCGAGAUGCUCACCCACAUCAUACCCAAUCUGAAGCCGUACACGCAGUAUGCGCUCUACAUCAAGACCUACACGCUGGCCAUCGCCACCAGGGGCGCCCAGUCGGACAUUAUCUACUUUAAAACGAAGCCGUCCAAGCCAACACCGCCGCGUAACCUCGCCGCCAGCUCAAAGAAGUACGACGAGUUUGAGCUCAAGUGGGACCUGCCCAUUAGGCCAAACGGCGAAAUUGACCGCUACUACAUCAAG